AGGGGAGAGAGGAGAAAGCCGAGCGCGGACGUCAGGAACCAAAGCUCCGGAGGAGUCUGGCAGAGGCACUGGGGAGCAUGGGGUGUUUGGAAUAAUUAUUAAAAUCCGCGUGUGCCUGCGCCAUCCUGUGGGUGUGGCGCAGAGCGGAGUGUAAACUCUAGCGGGGCUGGAGCAAACAUUGGAUUAGCGGCAGCAGCCUGCCAGCCUGCCCGAGGAGUGCGCGGACCCGCAGCACGCCACCGGCACCAUGGCCUCGUCUCAGGGGAAGAUCGAGCUGAAAUUCGCCGACUGGAUGGCAAGUCUGCCGGAGAGCAUCCACAGCAUCCCCCUCACCAAUUUGGCCAUCCCAGGGUCUCACGAUUCCUUCAGCUUCUACAUCGAUGAAGCCUCCCCCGUCGGCCCCGAGCAGCCCGAAACUGUCCAGAAUUUUGUCUCUGUGUUUGGAACUGUGGCCAAGAAGCUGAUGCGGAAAUGGUUAGCCACCCAAACGAUGAACUUCACGGGCCAGCUAGGAGCCGGGAUCCGUUACUUUGAUCUCCGCAUUUCCACCAAGCCCAGAGACCCCGACAAUGAACUCUACUUUGCUCAUGGCUUGUUCAGUGCCAAAGUCAACGAAGGCCUUGAGGAGAUCAAUGCGUUCCUCACGGAUCACCACAAGGAGGUAGUGUUCUUGGACUUCAACCAUUUUUACGGGAUGCAGAAGUACCACCACGAGAAAUUGGUCCAGAUGCUGAAAGACAUCUAUGGCAAUAAAAUGUGCCCGGCCAUUUUCGCGCAGGAAGUCAGUCUCAAGUACCUGUGGGAGAAGGACUACCAAGUGCUGGUCUUCUACCACAGCCCCGUGGCUCUGGAGGUGCCCUUCCUCUGGCCGGGGCAGAUGAUGCCCGCUCCCUGGGCCAACACCACAGACCCGGAGAAACUCAUCCAGUUUCUGCAGGCGUCCAUCACGGAGAGAAGAAAGAAGGGCUCGUUUUUCAUAUCUCAGGUGGUGCUGACGCCCAAAGCUAGCACUGUGGUCAAAGGGGUGGCCAGUGGCCUCAGAGAGACAAUCACCGAAAGAGCUCUCCCUGCCAUGAUGCAGUGGGUCCGCACGCAGAAGCCAGGAGAGAGUGGCAUCAAUAUCGUCACCGCCGACUUUGUAGAACUCGGUGAUUUCAUCAGCACCGUCAUAAAGCUCAACUAUGUCUUUGAGGAAGGAGAAGCCAACACUUGAUAGUACUGUCUGAGCCUUCACGAGUAAGAUAGAGAAGACGCAUUGUAUUAGGCAUAUUAUCUACAAACACGCUGAUCUUCCUGUUCCACUGAGUCUCGGAGGGACUUAGGGCUGGUAGUGGGUGGGAAAAGGGGGAAUCCAUUUCUCGAGUGAUUACUAUCAUAGUCUGCACUAGUAUAAAUAUUUCGUUUCCCAUUGGAUGAGCAACAUCUCCUUCUAGUGUUAGAGGUUUUAAAAAAGACCAGUGAAUUUUGUUUUUCAGAAUUAGUCUUUGUAACGUGUAACUCGCGAGUGUUGACUUGAUUGUGUUUCUGGUUUCAGCCUAGAUCCCCUACGCGCUCUCCAUAUCCUCUGACUGAACUUUCCCGCUCCCCCUCCCGUGCUCUCUUUUUAAUCAGAUGCUGUAUGGGGCUCAAAACGAUGGACUGUCCCAACAGAACAUGUAUUACAUUGUUGCACUAAAAUUUAUUUGUUGUGUGGGACUUGGCAUAAUAUUCUGUCGUCAUCUGCAAUCGGGCAAUCAUUGCUAACUUUGGGUCAUGGAAAAUAUGCAAGUCAUUUUCCCUGCAUCAGUAAUAUUGGAGGCCGUAACCAGUGAUUUUUGUGUUAUAUGAAAAUAAUAGUGUUUCAUAGUAUUUCUAUUUAAGGCAGCUAUAAAUAUAGAGUAAACAAUUCUGUGGAAGAACUAUUCGUGCCAACUCUAUAGUGCAAAAUGGGGGUGGGGGAUGGUUGCUGUUUUAACUCAGAAUCUCUUAACAAUAUUGCCCUGCAAACACCCAGUCAAUGAAAAAUGAUGAAUGAAAGUGUGCUAAAAUCAGACGACUUUGCAGAGAACUCUCACAAAAGCUCUCCUGACAAUUCCUUUGAUCUUUUUUAAAAAGGGGAAGAAAAGAAAGAGAAAGAAAUAAAAGAUUGUGCAAGCUUCCUUAUCAAAUUGGGAUUUCCAAUGAUAUAAAUCUAAAUUCCAGAUUUUGAGGAGCAUAUUUGAAGAAGCUUUCAUUUGAGGGGUUUUUUUUUCCCUUAAAGUUGAAGGAAAAGGAAGGGUGACAGAAGGAGUCAGGAUAAUGCUUUUGAAACUAUGUCCAUGAGAUUUCAAGGAUCUAUGAACCGCCUUUGGCAGAUUCUUAAAUACGUGUGGUCUGAGCAGACUUAAUGAAAACUGAUUCGGCCCUUCUGGGUUCCAUCCCCCCAGCCCCCAGGGUCAAGAACGAGGCACAGGAGAACAUUCCCGUAGUCCAACAUUUGACAGUCCAGUUGUACAGGGAAGAAAGAGGGAAGAAAAAUGAUAACUCAACUACGAGUACUGAUUCCUUCUCGCUGUCCCUGUGAUAUUUAACAACUCUAAAAUAAUCUUCAAAGAGCACAAUAACCUUUACCUAUAUGCCUAACAGGAAUUUUGUGAGGCGUUUAUAAAAAUCUAUAAAAUUUGCUGAAAUUCUUACAAUUAUGAAUUAUUUUAUCUCCAUGUUUAGAAAUAAUUGCACCUCAGUCGUUUCUUGGGAAAACACAGUCCGUGUAUAGUGGGCCAUAGAGAAAUAAAAGCAUGCCCUCAGCUUUUAGUGAAUCUAAAUAUCAGUCGUGUGGUUCAAUCUCUUAGACCUAGGCAAGGGAGUUGAGUCCAAGAUGGUGUAUGUCAAGAUUAUAGGUAAUUAAGAGUUGAUAAGAUUAUAAAGGCUCAUUAUCAGAAAAUAUUAUUCAUUAGCAACUGCAGGGAAGAAAAACUAUUUAUGCUGAAUAGAAUGUUUAUGAAAAGCGUGUAAGUAUGUGUGGCAGACCAAGUAGCACGUGUGUACGUGCAACAGAUACGGUCUACAUUCCAGCAGUGUGUAUGUUUCACCCCCCACAGUGAGUCAUUACAUACCCACUCGUGUGCAGGCAGAGACACGCAAACACGUGCAAACACACGCAGACACGGACAGACACAGUCAAAUUCUUCUUUUCAGUGGAGACAUCGACAACAUUAAAUAAUUUAAUUUUAAGACUGUGAAACCCUUAACAAUGUAUGAAAAAGAGUGGUAAGACCUUUGACAAUAGAGUUGCUGAUUAUAUUCAAAUAUUUUUGUAAAGAUGAUCUAGCUUGGGGCUAAAUUAUUUGCAAAGAUAGUUUCCUUUCUGCUUUGCAGUUUUAUUGUUUUUCUAUCCCUUUCACUUGCUCCAUGUGUACGGAGUAAACAGAAAUCCUUUUUAAGGGACUACGGAUUAUUGAAAUUUAAGUCCUGUAACGUUGCUUUUGGGGCAGAUUUUCUCCGUGACUACUCAUUAUUCAUCACUCCUCAGGAGGACCUUUAGCCAAGCACACUUGAAAUGACACAAGGAUUUAAUUUAUAAAUACGACAGGAAACAGAUAUUUCCACGUACUCGUGGAAAAUGAAUAAAAUAGCGGAGGUAACUAUGUUGUAUUUUCUUGAACUUAGAUGCUUUCUUAUAAAGUUUGCUUAGAGUUAGCUUUGUUGUAUUUGUCAUUUCGGUGCUGGAGAAAAAAACAAACAAACAAACAUGCUGAAAGAUUAGACUGACUGUGCAGUUUCUUAACUGGAGGAAGUUUUCUAUUGCCGCUAAGGACAUGCACAAAGGCACUUGUUUGACAAAAGGAACUUUCAAGCCCAGGUUAUUGUUUCCACGUGGAUACACAGCACCCGUGGAGCAGGCACUGAGAGGAAAGGGACUUGCCUUAAUUUCUAAGGGAGGAAGCGUGUGGAAAUAAACUGUGGGCCUUCCAACUGGGGAGUGUUCACUAGCAGGGAUUCCUUUGAAAGGGGAAUAGAGAGAAGAUGCCUGUGGCUGCCUUCUGUUUAUUGGUCCCACGCUGGAGCACACUUAGGGAGCUGGCCGUGGGCCUUAAAUAAAGAGGUGGAGGUGAGGACCGGGGAGAUGCAGUCGGAGCUUACCCUCUCAGCCUACGCUGCUUUGUCUUGGCUGGGCACUGUCUUUCCAGACAAGCUGGGGGUCCAGGGCUACAGAGAGGCCCCAAGAUGGUAGGAGAUACUUCUUGGUGCAAUUUUCGUGUUGCUCGUUUCUUAAGACUUCGUGCCACAAAUUCUGCAAGGCAAAAAAAAACAGAAACAAAAUCCAGCUUUUACAUAAUUGACAGCAGGAAGUUGAAGGAGCGGAUGGGGUGAGGGAAAAUAUGCCAAGAGUAUCAUUUUUUGGUUUGCUUUCCUGUCUGUCCUGUUGAAGGACCAAACUGAGAGCUCCUGCCAUUAUCAUCUGUGUCUCCCUUAUUACUACACAAUCGGGUGAGUGCAGAGAUGAGGAGGCAUCUCUCAAAAGCCUUAGGAUAUUCUGUAUGAUGACCUCGAUCUUCACUUUCAGCCAUAUUGGGAAAAUCACUAUUUAUGGAGUGCCACCUAGCAGCGAAUGUACUGGAACGUAAGGCGUUGGCAUGUAUACACCUCUGUGUCCACGCACAUGCAAAUACAUGCUCACACAUUAUUCCAGUUGAAACUGUCACCACUCGACCUAAUUCUGUUGCCGUCUUAACUCUUAACAUCAGUGCCUCCAAUCUGAGUAGGCAUACACUGAAUUCCAAUAUUGAAUUAUUUAAGGAGAAAAGUCACUAGGAAACCAAUGAAAAAAAAAUGAGACCAUGAUAAAUAAGAAAUGCCUAGCAGUAAUAAACUCACUGCAUUGGCCAUUACCCUGCGAGCUGGUGAAUUAAGCGCGGAUUUGAAUAUAAAGGACAAACAAACCAACCCUGAUCUUUACUUCAAGUUGCUUUAACUUCUUGGAGGUUCUGACUUAUUUUAGCCAGGGUUGUCUGUUCAGGUUGCCCCCUGUUUGGCUUGUAGACCGGAAAGUGGGACGUCUCAGGAAAUGCAUGUUUUCAGGGGUUUUUCAGUUCUACAGUUUUGCGGGUCCGGCGGCACAGUCUCUCUCACGCCCAUGAGGGCUCCUCAGCGAGUGUGCUUGCCUUUUGACCUGCUCAUAGAAAAGUAUGCACAGUGCCCCUCAGGACAUGCUAAACAAGGUUUUGAAAAGUCAUUUAUUUUACUGCACUUUAGUCUUUUCAGCUAGAAUUGUGACACAGUGGUGUAAAUGCUGUAUUUGCCGUAACUUAUCGGUGGCGCCUCUGGUCCGUGCAGUUCCUCAUGAUGCUCUAAAUCGUUUGUUUCGUUUUCCCUGUGACAAUGGUACAACGUUCUGUAUAAUCUGUAAAUUGUGUUGGUUGAGUCUGUUGAUAAUGGCGUAAUUUUUAUUUCAUGUGUGAGACUAUUUUCAGGUAUUAGUUCUACACGUAUAUUUGUAUGAGUCAAAAGUGUCUGCUUGUAUGUGAUUUGCGUGUAAGCAUAGUGUAUCUUAUAAGAAAAUCAAACUUAUCCUAAAGAAAAAGGGCACAUUAUGACCAGCCUUAAUUCAUUGCCAUUUUUUUUGUUGUUGUUGUUGCAAUUCGGGAUUCAAAUUUAAAGAGAAAUUAUGUCUUUGUUAAAAAAUGGCUUUUAAACAAUCAUACGAGGGAUGUACUUUAGACCUCCUCCUAGUUCCCCACAAACCACAGACCAUAGUUCAGCUUGCGGAGUGCCCCGUGCUGCUCAAAAGUUGCGAACGUCCAUUCGUUUAUUAAACCCAUAGUCAGGCAAUGAGGUUCAAUUCUCAUUGGUUUCCAUCACCAACAGAACCAGCUCAUGUCUAAAGCUGCUCCUCCAAACACGGAACCCAUUUUGCUUAGGAGGAUAAGUUGCCCAUGAAAAACAUUGUUUCUGCAAAGCAUGACUUUUUAAAAAUUGGAUCUUCUCAAGAAGGAUGAACUGCCUUGUCUCUCUGAGAGGCGCUAAAGACCCGUCAACAUGAAGUGGUCCCAGCAUGGUUUUCUUUCCCAAACACAAGCGUGCAACACUCUUUUGCACUCUUGCUGCUUGCCCGUGUGUGGUCCAGGAGUAGAAAACACGUGACUAGUUCGAGUAUCUGCACAGGUUCUCCUGCGCCAGGCGAAGACUCCGUGGGCUUCCCUGGGCCUGGGGGUCUGGGUCGGAAUGUUACUCUUCUUAUUUCCUCUCUUUCUCCAUCCUCAUUACCUUUUUUUCUCCUGGAUUGAGGGUUGCCAGAUACAAUACAGAACACCCAGUGAAAUUUCUAUUUCAGAUAAACAGUAAAUAUUUUUUUGUAUAAGAAUUUCCCAAAUAUUUCAUGAAGCAUACUAAAAAAAUAUUAUUUGCUAAUCUGAAAUUGAAGUUUAACUGGGUGUCCUGUGAUUUCUUCUCUUAUCUGGCAAUGCUGCUCAUCCUGCCUCUCUUUUUCGGCUGGGCUACCUAAAAGGGGUGCAAUCCUACCUCCUCCCACACCCUCAUGUUAAUUCAUACCCCUCGUGAAUAUCUAUAGUCCUAAUACCCUUCCUGACAGAAAUUGUCGAUUCAUGCCGAGUCCCACAAAUGCUUUGUGAAGGACCAACUCGACUACAGAUGGAAUUAGCAAGGGUGGAGUCUUUAUAAGAUUCCUGCCACCCACAUUCAAAAUUUCUCUUCAUGGGCCUGUUGUGAGGUGCAAAUUGUCCCCCAUUACUCCCUUAGAGGAGCCUUUUCCAGUCAUUGGGACAACCAAAACCCUCACCCAGGAAAAAUGCCUCCAUUUAGAAAGUGACAUCACCUUUUAACUUAGUACCAAGACCUCUUAAAAUUCAGUUUCUUUCUUUCUGAGACGGAACAAGCUAACCCAUUACUCACCUCAUUAUCACCUUACCACAGAUGAUUUUUAUUAGGCUAGAACGGGUCAUCAGUGGAAUUGUAAAACAUCUGACCCAGAAAGGAACUCCCUCGAUGGCCAGAAGAGGAGGCCAGAGUCCGGGGAAUAGACACGCCCCGUGGGUGCCUUCUCAGGAGAUUCGGUGGAGGCUGGGCAGCAGGUGGGGGACUCAGACAAGGAAGUUAGCGCGUGGCAGACAGACUUGCCCAAGCAAAUUGUUAACAACCAGCACUUUUCCUGAGGACCCCCAAGUCACCCCAGAGUAAGAACAGGGAGGUGUAAGGCCAGUUUCUAGAACAGUUUGCCGAGAAGAGAACCAUGGAGGAAUUCCUAGAAUCGGGUUUUCAAAUACUGUUGUAUUCAACAGCAAAUCCUUGACACAAUCUGAAUGUGCAUGGAGUUUUAGAACAUUUCUGGUACCUACCUCCUCUCUUGAAAUUCCCAUGAGUGGUAAGAAAAUCCCAGUCCUCUAGUAGAACAUUUCCCUUUCACGGCCCCGCUUGCACACAUUUGGGCUGAUCUGCUUCAUUUCUAAGGGAUGGGAGUGUGCAGCGCUGGUGACAUUUCCUGCGUUGGACCCCAGAAAUUCACCAGAGGGAGACAGACCUGUGCCUUCUCUUUUUAGGAUCUGGUCAUCGAUACUUUAAUAAAUGUGGUGUAAAGAAAAUACAUGCCGCCAAUUCUGUUUAGCAAAUGUGAACUUUUUUAAUAUGAUUGUGUUCUUCAUGUAAGACAAAGUUUCUUUGUAUCCAGUGAAAUGCCUAAUAAACUCCUGGUACCAGUUACCCUUC